CAAAGUUCAAAGGGGCCGAAUACUUUCGCAAGGCACUGUAUAAAUAACUGACACGUCUUUUCUUUCCUCUCUUUCUCUCUCUUCCUCUUUCUCUCAGGCACAGUGUCUUUGGUUUGUUGAGUUUCUGUUACCAACCUCAACACUGAUCGGUUCACUUCCUGUCACACACACACACACAUUUACAUGCACACACGCAGAGUCACACAACAGUCACACAACACACACAUGCAGGAACAUGGUGGUUUAGACCACAAAUACAAACCCUCAGAGUUGGCUGGACAUACAAACAGACAGGAGUACCGGUUUCUUUCUCUCUACAAGUCAACCCUUCUACAACUCAGAUGGAGUUUGCCUGCAGUCACGUAGUGUGUAACUGGAGCCCAGAAGGGAGUUUAAUGGGGGGCUCAGAUGAGGGGGGUUCAGGUUUGAGUGUGUACCCCUGUAGUCCUCCAGGUGAGGGGGGGACCACAGAUCCAGGUGUAGCCCUCAGACUGUCCGUCACAGAGCACAUGUACGACAACCGCAUCUCAGUCAUCCCUCAGCAAGAGCCAGGACUAGUGCCCCCACCUUUGCCCCCUCGACGUUUUGAGUCUCAGGAGUACCCACAAUGCACCUCUCUGCCUCCCCCACCUCCCCCUCUUUCCUCUCUGCCUCCCCCCCUACCAGCCCGAGGUGCGGAAGGCCGAGGAGAGCAGAGCAUCAGAUUGAAGGCUAAUGUUAAUGUUCUCUCUCUCAGUGUUGGACGACUCGUAGAUAUCAGUAGAGCAUCUGGAAUCCAGACCACUCAGUGUCCCGUGAUGCACUGUGGGAGAUGUAGUGCUGCCCUGUCCUCCCUGAGUUCUGUACAGAACACACAGGAAACUGCUGUGUGGCUGUGUGAGUUCUGUGGUCUCCAGAACACCCUGUCUACUUCAGGUCCUGGUUCCAAGGUGGGCCCCAGGGUUAGAGGGGCUCCUAGAGGGAGAGAUGUGAUCUACCUCCUCCGUCAGACAGACCAGGACUACGAAAACCUGGAGGAUGUCAUGGUGGUCUUCUGUGUUGAUAUAUCUGGGAGCAUGAGUGUCACCUCUGAGGUCACCCCAGGGAAUCCUAUGAGGUCAGCAACCUACGUCUCCCGACUACAGAGUAUUCAGGAUGCCCUCCAGAGGGCACUGUCCUCUCUACUUAAGACUUCACCUCUCCGCCGAGUCGCCAUUGUUACCUUCAAUGACGAGGUAGUAGUGUACGGUGAUGGUUCAGGUGUACCAGCCUCUCUGAGGGACUGGGCUCUAGUUGAUUAUGACUAUCUGAGACAACAGGGUCAACAGUACAACACUCCACACUGUAUAGCUGAGAGCUACCAACACCUCUCACUGAGAGUCAAAGAAUUGCGAGAACACGGGGCUACAGCGUUGGGUCCUGCAGCCUUGGUCUCCGUUGCCAUGGCGUCUCGAUUCGUGGGGUCAAAGGUGAUCUUGUGUACAGACGGGCGAGCUAACAUCGGAUUGGGUGAGAUGGAGGAGAGUCCCGCCCCUUUCUCCUCCCCCCAGUCACCUUACUUCUACAGACAGCUAGCCAACGAGGCAGCUAACAAAGGUGUGAUAGUUUCAGUUAUGACCUUUGAGGGCACAGACUGCAGGUUGGCUGAGGUGGGACUACUGGCUGACCAGACUGGAGGAAGGGUAAACAUAGUAAACAUUGGUACCGUAGCAACAGAGAUCCAGUCAGCUCUGGCCGACAACAUCUUAGCGACGGGCGUCAGGGCAACGUUACUAGCAGCUGAUGGCAUGUAUUUUCCCUAUGAGGAGUGUAACCAUUGUCUGGUAAGGGAUAUAGGGAACGUAACCGAAGGGGUAGAGAUCACCUUUCAGUUUGCCUGCAAGCCUGAUAGUACAGAGAGUUUCAUGCGUAGAGACAGACUACCGUUCCAGCUACAGCUGUCCUUCACCACCAGAGAUCAACAGAAAGUAACACGCAUCAUUACUGAACAGAGACGGGUUACAACCAGCAGCUGGGUGUGGGCAGGCAGUCUGAACAUGUCAGUGUUAGGGGUCCACUGUGCCCAGCUGUGUGCCAGGUUAACUAUGAAGGGAAGAGUCCACGAAGCACAGAGACAACUCAGAGCACAGCAAGACCUGCUCAAAGACAUCAGUGAGCAGAGGUCCAACCCAAAGGAGGAGAGUCUCUACGGAAACUGGAUCGAUACCAUGACAACCAUCUGUGACGACCUCACCACAGACUCCCAGGCCCUCUCUGAUGAGGCAGCUGAGGUGGUGUACCAGAUGAAGAGAGCCAGCAGUGUGGACCAGAGAAGAAGGAAACAGACAGACAUGGUGGCUCUGUGAAACCAGCAGUGUGGACCAGAGAAGAAGGAAACAGACAGGCAUGGUGGCUCUGUGAAACCAGCAGUGUGGACCAGAGAAGAAGGAAACAGACAGGCAUGGUAGCUCUGUGAAACCAGCAGUGUGGACCAGAGAAGAAGGCAUGGUGGCUCUGUGAGGAGCCAGUCCAGAGCAGUCACAGAUGGCAGAGCCAGUUGCAGCAUCAACAGUAGGCCAAACUGGUAGCCAUGUUAGAGACUGUCCACUCUCUCAAAUAACUCCUAAUGUACUACCUAAAUAUGAUAUAAAUACAUGUUGUAUGAAUGUUUGGUACUGUACUUAAAAAUAAAUUAAGAUGAUGGUGUUUUGA